AAAAUUGGAUAUUUGUGGACUUAGGCCGUUUGGCAGGACAGUUAGGGAAACGCUGAAGCAAAGUAUAUUCGAAGGAGGCGCCAAUUUUCAAGUGGCUCAGAAAACUUUCUAUUUACGGCCAUAAUUUUCCCUCUGUUUUUUUGUCUAUCUGUUCAAUCAAGCACCGAAAUCUUCAUCGCUAAUAAUGAAUCUUGAAACCCUAACUUGUAAAUCUCACAUUAUUCCGAUAGAAAUCCCUAAAUUCAAUUUGAAUUUCCAUGUUGAUUUUUCUUCCACACGUCGCCGAACUUGUCGGGUAAAAUCAUUGACCCGAAUCCACAAUCACCGGAAGCGAAUAAUCACUGCUUGUGUAAAUCGUAGCCAAGAGGUUCCAGUGAAUCUAGAGAACUCUCGUUCGAAUUUGAAUUCAUGUACCAAUAAUGAAGAACAAGUAGAAGCGGUAGCAAUUCGAGAAGAAAUUCCAGUGGUAGAUUCUAAUGCUAAAGGAGAAUUUUCCGGCAAUGAGAGCAUUUGGGCACAAGUGGUGGAGAUUGUAAAGUUUUCAGGGCCAGCAGUUGGUCUAUGGUUAUGUGGACCUUUGAUGAGUCUCAUUGACACUGCAGUAAUCGGUCAAGGAAGUUCUAUUGAACUUGCCGCUCUAGGUCCAGGAACAGUGUUUUGUGAUAACACUAGUUAUGUUUUUAUGUUCCUUUCAAUUGCCACUUCAAAUUUAGUUGCUACUGCAUUGGCCAAACAGGAUAAAGAUGAAGUGCAACAUCAGAUAUCUAUAUUGCUCUUCAUUGGGUUGGCCUGUGGUAUUGUGAUGCUUAUCUGUACAAGAUUGUUUGGUACUUGGGGCAUUACUGCUUUCACAGGGGCAAAUAAUAUGGAAAUAAUAAAUGCAGCAAAUACUUAUGUCCAGAUUCGAGGAUUGGCAUGGCCUGCCAUGCUUGUUGGUUGGGUUGCCCAAAGUGCAAGUUUAGGCAUGAAAGAUUCAUGGGGACCUUUAAAGGCUUUGGCAGUUGCCACGGCUAUUAAUGGCAUUGGCGACAUAGUCUUAUGCAGAUUCUUUGGAUAUGGUAUAGCUGGAGCAGCAUGGGCAACAAUGGUGUCCCAAGUUGUUGCAGCUUAUAUGAUGAUUGCAGCCCUGAGCAAGAAAGGGUAUAAUGGUUUUGCCUUAUCUGUUCCAUCAUUUGAUGAAGUUCUACAGAUAUUCACACUUGCAGCACCUGUGUUCUUAACAAUGAUGUCCAAGGUGGCAUUCUACUCUCUACUUGUCUACUAUGCCACAUCAAUGGGCACAAACACUGCUGCUGCACAUCAGGUCAUGCUACAACUAUUCAGCAUAUUUGCAGUAUGGGGUGAGCCUCUCUCUCAAACAGCGCAGUCAUUUAUGCCUGAAUUGUUAUAUGGAGUGAAUCGGAACUUGUCGAAGGCCCGGAUGCUGCUGAAGUCCCUUUUGAUCAUUGGAGCAUCAAAUGGUUUAAUACUGGGAUCUGCUGGAGUGUCAAUAUCAUGGUUUUUCCCCCAAAUGUUUUCAUCUGAUGCUUUGGUCAUACAAGAGAUGCACAAAGUACUGCUGCAAUUAUUUCUAACUCUCUGGGUGUCGCCAUGUGUUCAUAGUCUUGAAGGAACCUUGUUGGCUGGAAGAGACUUAAAAUUUAUCAGUAUAUCAAUGACCACCAUAUUUGGUUUCGCUUCACUUCUCGUCAUGCUCUUCAGCAGUAAAGGAUUUGGUUUAUCGGGGUGCUGGUUUGCUCUAGUAGCAUUCCAAUGGACUCGGUUUUUGGUAGCUCUACGGCGACUCACUUUGGCGGAUGGCAUACUUUAUUUGGAAGGCUCAGUUCAUGAUGAGUUACAAAAGCUGAAAGCUACGUAGGGGUUUAAUAUGCCCCAGACAAAAGUGUCCACAUAGAAAAGAAGUUUUUCGUUGAUGAUCCAAUAAACAUCAGGGGCUGCAGUGAUUAAUCAUCAAAAUUCAAAUGUUGUUGUUACUUGUCAAUAUCAAGUUAUUUAAUCCACCAUGUAUCAUAAAUCAAAUGAGUUGAGAACAAAUUAUUAUUUACUUAAUUUAUAUUCGUAGCCCUAUUGUAAUACUUUUUAGGUAUUGUAACAUUCCUGAAAGCAUUAUUAUGGUUUGUA